UAUUGUUUUAACCUUUACUAUUUUCCAUACCAGGAUCGUUUUAUCCACACGGGCACACAAACAGAAGCUCCAAGUGUGAGAACAUGUGCCACUCAACUGUCAAUUGGGACCUUGAAAACACACGUGCACAGCCAAAGGACCCAGACACCAGUGUUGUCACAUGAGACUGCUGGCACACAAACCACACUGCCUGAGAACAUGUUUUCAUCCACACCUAUAAAGGGGCCAGGGUUUGGACCACAAAAAAGAGCACGUGUUGAGUCAGAGGAGGAAGAGGGAUUCACCUCACCAGAGUCACAAGUCGACCCAAAUGACUCAACCUUUACUCCUGACGGAUCCCUAACAACACACGAUUCAACAAUGUCGACUGAAAGUGCUGUACACAUGGAUAAAAAAUACAUUGUAUUUGAGUCCUGCCUGAGGGAGCUUUUUGACACAUGUCCAGUGUGCAAGAGAAAAUGCGAAGUGCAGCAGCAACAGAAGGGCACGUAUGUUGCAUUUCAUCAAACGUGUCCAAAAUGCAACUACUCCAGGAAGUGGCAAAGUCAGCUCAUGAUGAAUAACACCCCAGUUGGCAAUGUACAGUUAUCUGCUGCUACAUAUUUCACUGGUGCAUCCUUCAUCCAGCUGGAAAAGCUAUGCCGCGCCUUGCAGCUCCAGAUUACCUUCCGGAAACAUGCAAGGAAAUACCUGGAACCUGCAAUCGUCCACAAGUGGAAGAGUGACCAGCUGGUCCUUUUCUCCACAUUGAAACCGGGGGGGAAAGUUCAAGUUGCAGGAGACAUGCGUGCAGAUUCACCAGGUUGUACCUUGCAUCCAUGCAUCACAACGAAAAUUCCAGCCGUGAGCAGGCAACAACCGCUUUAGGCCAAGCUGUCUACAGAGUGUCGUAUCCGAAGGCCAAGAAGGGAGAACCCACCGCGAAGCCGGUCAAAACAGACCCCACGUACAACUAUGUGGCUGAAUUGAUGAGGCUGGUGUUCGAGGAGGUGAUGGAGGACCCAGAGUCUUUCGCAGAGGACAUGAGGAAGAUCGCCAUCCCAGAGACCCUGUCAGCCCAGUAUGACAGGCCCUUAAAGGAGGAAGUCAUUGCCUCACACGUGACCCGCUUCAGUCAAGGGGUGGGCGGAAGCCAACAUAUUGUCCAGCCAAAUCAGGAAACUCCUGGCGUAUCCGGCACACAACACACGACGGGAUGACAACUCGUACACGUCGUCCCAAAUAUCCCCAGCACCAGCUGACAAAGCUGCGGUAUGCUAAAUGCCGGUAGCGACU